AUGCACAAGUGUAUAGUGUGCGGCAAUACAUCUAAUAACACCAGUCACCAAUGUCAAUCGUCAAGGAGUUAUUUAUCAUGGAAUUCCCAUGAAUGCAUACAUGAGAAGGAAAUGGCUUCAAAAAAAAACUAUAAGCCAGGAAAAAAGCCAUUUUUAUUUUCAAAUGCUGUUCCCCAACCUUAUGAACGAAAUGGUUUUCCUUCUAAUUAUGCUAGUCAAUUUAAUGAUGUUGAAACUGGAAAUAAUGUAACUUUACCGUUGGAACAAAAUAUUAUAAAAGAGGAACAUAUUGGAAAUGGUGUUGUAAAUGAUUUUAAAUCACCAAGACGGUCAUCUAGACUUACUAGAAACAAUGAGGAUAUGAGUAAUAAAAAUAUGCUGGUCAGUAAAAAGUAUUAA